GCAGGAAUGUGAAAGGCUCCCGCCCGCCGCCAUUUUCUUUCUUUCUUGGCAGGCAGAGAGCGCGGUAGGAAGUGGCGAAGCGGACAUGUCGGAUUAUUCAACGGUACCCCCUCCUUCCUCGGGUGCGCCCGGUGGAGGCGGAGGAGGUGGCGGGGCAGUCAAUGAUGCUUUUAAGGACGCGCUGCAACGGGCUAGACAGAUUGCAGCAAAAAUUGGAAAUGAAUCAGGAACAACUGUGAAUUCAAAUGAUUACAGCUAUGGGGGACAAAAAAGACCACUCGAAGAUGGAGAUGGCUCUUGGACAAGUCCGAGCAGUACAACACACUGGGAGGGAAUGCCCUCUCCUUUUAAAGAUCAACCAGAACCUAAGAAAGUGGCUCCACCAAAUAAUGAUUGUAAGUAUUUUUUAAAUCUUGCAGUACAUUUAUCAGUGUACAAUCCUAUUUCUUUAAUAAAUCUUAUCUUUUCAAGAUCUGCAAAGAGAUUGCUUGACCAGAUUGUUGAAAAAGGAAGGCCUACACCAGGAUUUCAUCAUGGUGAUGGUCCAGGAAAUGCAGUCCAGGAAAUUAUGAUACCAGCCAGCAAAGCAGGAUUGGUUAUUGGAAAAGGUGGAGAGACAAUAAAGCAACUUCAGGAACGUGCAGGUGUUAAGAUGGUAAUGAUUCAAGAUGGACCACAGAACACUGGAGCAGACAAACCUCUUAGGAUCACAGGAGAUCCUUACAAAGUUCAACAAGCCAAGGAAAUGGUGUUAGACCUGAUUCGUGAUCAAGGUGGUUUUAGAGAGGUGCGCAAUGAAUAUGGGUCAAGAAUAGGAGGCAACGAAGGGCUAGAUGUCCCAAUACCUCGUUUUGCUGUUGGUAUUGUAAUUGGAAGAAAUGGAGAAAUGAUAAAAAAGAUACAGAACGAUGCUGGUGUGAGGAUCCAGUUUAAACCAGAUGAUGGAACAACUCCAGACAGAAUAGCCCAGAUCACAGGACCUCCAGACAGAUGCCAGCAUGCAGCAGAAAUUAUUACAGAUCUUCUCCGAAGUGUCCAGGCUGGCAAUCCUGGUGGUCCAGGGCCUGGUGGUCGUGGCAGAGGUAGAGGCCAAGGCAAUUGGAAUAUGGGGCCACCUGGUGGAUUACAAGAAUUUAAUUUUAUUGUACCCACUGGAAAAACUGGAUUAAUUAUUGGGAAAGGUGGUGAAACGAUCAAGAGCAUUAGCCAACAGUCUGGUGCUAGAAUAGAACUUCAAAGAAAUCCUCCACCAAAUGCAGAUCCUAACAUGAAAUUGUUCACUAUUCGGGGAACUCCACAGCAGAUUGAUUAUGCUCGACAGCUCAUAGAAGAAAAGAUUGGGGGUCCAGUGAAUCCUUUAGGUCCUCCUGUACCACAUGGACCUCAUGGUGUUGUUCCUGGGCCCCAUGGGCCUCCAGGACCUCCUCCUGGAGCUCCAAUGGGACCAUAUAAUCCAGCUCCUUAUACUCCUGGUCCUCCUGGUCCUGCACCUCAUGGGCCUCCAGCACCAUAUGCUCCCCAGGGAUGGGGUAAUGCUUAUCCACACUGGCAGCCACCAAAUCCCCCAGAUCCUGGUAAGCCAACAGAUCCUAAUUCAGCAGCAUGGGCAGCCUAUUAUGCUCACUACUAUCAACAGCAAGCACAGCCACCACCUGCAGCCCCACCUAGUGCACCACCAGCCACUCAGACAAAUGGACAAGGAGAUCAGCCAAAUCCUGCACCAACAGGGCAGGUAGAUUACACCAAGGCAUGGGAAGAGUACUAUAAAAAAAUGGGUCAACAAGGGCAGCCACAAGAUUAUUCAAAGGCUUGGGAGGAGUAUUACAAGAAGCAAGGUCAGGCAGUUCCUGCUCCUACUGGAGCCCCACCAGCAGGUCAGCCAGAUUAUAGUGCAGCAUGGGCUGAAUACUAUAGACAGCAAGCAGCCUAUUAUGCCCAGACAAGUCCACAAGGAAUGCCACAGCAUCCUCCAGCACCACAGUGCAGGUUUGAUCCAGCCAGUAUAGAACUAGCUCUGUAGGGGUGAGGAGGACUGUGCUGUGUAUCAUCCUUGAUUGUUCCUUCAAGGAGCAUUGCACUGUAAGUACAUCAGAAUGACAAAAUGAUGAACUGCAACAGUAUCUUUUUGUCAGUGUUCCACAUAAUGCAAAUGCCAUACCUGUGUGAAUAUUAUGUUGGAAUAAAAUACAGUGCUAAUAUCUUAGAAAAUCAUAAUUGCUUCUUAAUUCAGAAAACUAGGUAUGCAUAAAUAUGCCUGUCUAUGAGGUUUAUGGGUAAGUAUUCUUGAGACAUCUAGCUUUAGCUAAAGAAAUUGUCAUUUACCCAAGUAACAUUGUUCAUUAGGGGUUCAGAAAUGAGAUAAAUUCAGAUGUAAACUUGUGCAUUGUUAACGUUUAAAAUGCUUGUCAGGAGGAAGUUGUUUUGUCUUCAGUUGUCUGCAUAUAUUUGGUAAUAUAGGAAUAUGUUAAAUUUACAAAUCUUUAUUAGCCUUAUCUUUGGAAAACAUUUUGUUGUUUUGGAGUAUACACUUAGGGUGGCUACAAGAGAAGAAUAAAAUGAGGUCUGAAUGAAGUAGUUUUACUGCACAGAUAAUUAGAAAUGCAUUUUGUUGUACUGUAGAAUCAAGGAAUUAUUUUUAUCCCAAUGUAGGUUAGGAUUUACAUUUUGAAGACUGCUAGGUGGUUAUUAAAUCUGUGUAGAGUAGGCUAUGUAGUUUCUUGAUCAAAUAUUUUGCAUGAUUAGUCUGUAGUUUAUUGGAGAAUGGUGUAAUUACUAACUAAACAGAACAAAAAUUCACCAGAUUCUUUAUCAUUCACCAAAUGGAGGCUGUUGAUUUUGAUUCAUUUAAAGUAUAAAAUCUUUAUUAAUUGCAAACAGUGCAAUUAUUUAUACUUCACAGUGCCUUCCCAGACCUUCCACCUUAGGUUCUGCUGCAAAAAGCACAGGUAAGCACAACCUAAGGAAGUGUAUAAAUACAUAUUUCAGUAUAUUAAUGUUGUCCCUGUGAGAUUUUUUUUUGUGCUUGUGUAUUCAAAAGCAAUCUGCCAAUAUCUUUCCCCAAAUGUAUUGCUAUUCAUGGUUUCAUUCCAAUGGAAAGUCUGAAACAAUUAUUGACAUUUCUGGGUAAAUGUGUAUCUUUAUUUUUAAAACAUUAGUGGAUUGCUGCAAUAAUUUUUGAGUAAGUCACUUUUACUAUUUUUCCCUCAAUAGCUGAGUUGUUACAAAUGAAUAUAAAUUUUUUUUCAAGAUACAGGAAAUAUUGGUCAGAACUUCAACAGCCUUCACAAAUGCUUUAAUAAUGUUAAACAAUGUUAUACCCAAUACUACUUAUUCAAGAAUACUUUGUGUUUCUCUCAAUCCCAUAAUGAAUCUAAGUUAUACACCAUAAUACAAAAUUAAUCUAGCGUUCUUAUUUCAUACAGAAGGAAGACUUGAAUUUUGCAGAAUAGUUUUAGAAAGCAUGUGUGCCAGUGAAAUGUUAACAGUUUAGCAAAUCUUUCUUUUUUAUAGCAAUAUCCUUCCUACCUUGCUAUUUCAGCUGAACUGCUGUAUAUUUUUGCCAGUUUAAAAUGUUUUGUAUAUGGCUUAACGAGAUAGUGUAACAGCUAGAAUUUUUCAGUUCAGAUAGACAAACUAAGGCAGUACCAUCAGUUUUUUGUUUGUCACUUAAUAUAAUGUUUUAAUUUUAUCAAAAGUCCUGUUUUUCUCUGCAUCAAAGAAAAAUAUUCAAAAACCCUGCCUUCAUUUUCACACACAGUGCUGAAGAUGCUGCAAGCACCAAAUCAUAGCUCAUAAAAUCAGGUCCUGAGAUAGUUACUUCCAAUAAAGAGGAUUCCUUUGAGUGUAUGGCCAUGGUGAGCCGAUGAGCAUGGACCAUAGAAGGGCUCCAUGUAGAAGGUAAAAUUGGCAAAACAAUACCGAUUUUAAAUGUAUCCCAUACAUAAUGGUGUAGGGUAUAAUUUGCCUGUUUUAAUCGCUUCUCAUUCUUUAAAGUGCUAUUUGCCUGACCAUAAAUGUUCCAUAAUUUGUUAUGUGGUAAUAAUACAGACCAUCUAUCAAUUUACACUUUGCUAAAUAGUCAAGCAUAGAUAUGUUUUGCAUUUCACAACUAAAUUAAUAGUUGUACUUGGAUUCCCUUGAGCCACUUCAUUUUUUUGUUAUAGUUCAACAUGUCAGAUUUCAUUUUUAUAUGAGUAUUAGUUACAUGCUGAGGAGUUUCAUCUUGGUUGGAUUUUGUUACACCAUUUUAAAAUAAAGCUUUUUUUUCUACUCCAUUUUAGUCAAGGUAGCUUAAAUUGAAAUCAACAUCAAGAACAAGGGAUCUAAUAGAAAAAUGUUGGUGUAGGGAAUAAGAUGACCUGCUUUUAAUAGUCAUUAUAUUUCAUUUUAAAUUUGCUGGUGGACCUAUAGGCAUCUUCUUGCACUAAGUGUAGCUUUUCUGUUAAAUUUGUGAGAUUUCUUUGAAAGCAUUGGGUUGGAUUGAAUGGUUUUGUUCCACUCAUUGAGCUUGAACCUUUAGAUCCAGUCUGUAGAUGGUUAGUUUUCCUUGUGUAGUUCAUUGCUAUAGCAGAAAGAAUAAUUGUAAAUUUUUAACAGAAUAUCCUAGGCAGAAGUGAGAGUAAAUAAUAUUUUAAAAUAAAAUAACAUCUUACUUUCAAGUCAUAGUAAUGUUUACAGAUCAUUCUUCAGUAUGUAUCCUGUAUAGGAUAUGCUUUGCUAAUUAAACAAAAGUAAGUGUUAUCUAGAUUUGUUGCAUAGAUUACACGAGUGAUCUUAAUAGCUAGGUAGUCUGUAUCAUUCACUAAUCCUUUCUUUUAAAAAUCAGCUGCUGAGAACUUUCUUUUCAAAAGUUUAAUGUAGAGCUUCUAGUUUCUCUUUGUGUACUGGUGGUUCAUAAAGUAAAAUAAUUGGGCUCUACUGAGUGCGUAGAUUCACCUUUCGUACUGGUAGUAGCCUGUCAAACGUUCUGUUUAUGCAAUCUUUAUCCUAUAUGCAUGCAAGAUGCAUUUUCGUCCUGAGAUAGUAUUCUCUACAGAAACUACCCGUGUUAAAAAAAAGAAGACUUUCUUUUAAAGGCUACUGUGAUGGGAAGUAUCUUAGGGAGAUGCAGCUUGGACGUGAGGUAAAUCAAAUGCUUUACCGUAUGUUGUGUUGAGCUUGCAAUAUUGACUUUGUAUGUACUCAUGAAUAUGCAUUAAUUGUAAUUUUUUUUGUAUGAGUUCUCAAUAAAUGUAAACCAAUGGGUA